GCAAACUUGUACCUAAAAAGAAACACUAUAAAGGUAGCGGUUAAGCACGACGGAGAAUGUUGCGGGCAAGGCCGCUGGCGCCGAGCGUGCCAACAUGCACAUCUUCAUCCUGUUCUACAUCAGGCGCCUCACUAGUGCCAAUCCUGGCAGCAGCGGAGUGCUCGACGCGGACCAUCGCGGGCGCGGCGCGUUCAGUGCCUUGUCGCCGUGUGCUUGGGAGGCGUGCACGAGGCGUCCGGGUGCUGGCCAUUGACGCUGCACAGCCCUUUGAUUUUGAGCACCGGAUGAAGCAACGAAUCAGCGACAAGGAGAAGCUCAAAGUCGGCAUUGUCGGUUUUGGAACGUUCGGGCAGUUCCUCGCAAAGCGUCUUGUUGCGAGAGGCCACCAGGUCAUUGCCACAUCCCGCUCGCCGUACGAGGACAUUGCCAAGAAGAUUGGCGUGGAGUACUACCAGGACCUGGAUGACUUCUGCGAGGAGCACCCAGAGGUUGUGCUGCUGGCCAGCUCCAUUCUGUCCACGGAAAAGGUGUUGCGCAGCGUGCCGGUGCAGCGGCUGAAGCGCAACACGCUCUUUGUGGAUGUGCUGUCAGUCAAGGUGUUCCCUAAGCAGCUGCUGCUGCGGGAGCUGCCCUCGGAGGUGGACAUCCUGUGCACACACCCCAUGUUCGGGCCAGACAGCGGCAAAGGCAGCUGGGCGGGGCUCAACUUUAUGUAUGAGAAGGUCCGCAUUGGGGCAGACCCCAAGCGGGAGCGCCGCGUGGAAACUUUCCUCAAGUUCUUCCGCGACGAGGGCUGCAACAUGGUGGAGAUGACGUGCGAGGAGCACGACCGCCAGGCCGCCUCCACUCAGUUCAUCACGCACACCGUGGGCCGCGUGCUGGGGACCAUGCAGCUGCGCUCCACGGAGAUCAACACCAAGGGCUUUGAGGCGCUGCUGAACCUGGUGAACAACACCAACAACGACUCCUUUGAGCUGUACUACGGAUUGUUUUUGUACAACCAGAACGCCACCGAUGAGCUGGAGCGGCUAGAGCAGGCCUUCGACACCGUGAAGAAGCAGCUGUUCGGGCGCCUUCACGACAUCGCACGCCAGCAGCUCUUCCCCACUGUGGACAGCCAAGGGAAUGGCAACGGGGCGGCUGCGCCGCCGCCGCAGGCGCUGCCGCCGCCACGGGAGCCGCUGGCGCUGCCGUCACGGAGCCGGGACGAGGUGAUGGCACAGGCGCCGUCGGACGCAUACAGCGCAAGCAAGACCAUUGACGUAUGAUGCGGGUUGCUUGGGGGGCCGCAGUGUGUGGAUGUGAGCGUGCGAGUGGGGCUAUUAACAGGCAGGAGUGUUUAAGAACAGUAUGAAAGUAGUGGGCACAUGGCGCAUGACAUUGCUACAUGGGAUACCAGGCAGCGGUUGAGGGGUAUACUGGGUAGCGGGCAAAGGCAAAGCGUGGAAAGCGACUUGGUUUGUUUCUGCACGACCGCCAUAAUCUGAUAAGAGUGUCCCGCCGCUGCAAGAGACACGGCUGGCCGAAUGCGGAGUAAGGCAUGCGGUAGAAUUGAACGUUGGGCUGAAAUUGAUGCAGACACAUGAAUCGACCCCUGGAGUCGACGAUGCUGUGAAAGCCGCAUGUCUGGUGCUCUCGCCUGGCCGGGCGCCCGGCGCGUGAGGAAUGCGCAUCAAUAA